GUAAAGUGAUGAAUGAAGUCAUCCUUGUAAAGACUUCGGAUCCUGUAGCCUACAAAGGAUCAUCAUGCCUAUAGACUGUAACAUUAAGAAGUCUGUUGUACUUCAGUCCUCUUGUUUGGGAAGUGAAUCUUGUAAACAACUGGAUUUUUUGCCUGACAAACUAAGGGCAAAGCUGCUUCCUUUCCAGAAAGAUGGCAUUAGUUUUGCCCUCAGAAGAGAUGGCAGGUGUAUGGUUGCUGAUGAAAUGGGUCUGGGAAAAACAAUCCAGGCAAUUGCCGUUGCUUAUUUCUAUAAGGAGGAAUGGCCUCUUUUGAUAGUGGUCCCGUCAUCACUGAGGUACCCUUGGACAGAGGAAAUAGAGAAAUGGUUACCAGAAUUAGGUCCACAAGAAAUCAGUGUCAUUCAGAAUAAGACUGAUGUUGGGGGAAUAUCGACCAGCAAAGUGACAAUUCUGGGUUAUGGUCUUUUAACCACAGAUGCGGAGACUUUGAUAAAUGCUCUGAAUAAUCAGAACUUCAAAGUAGUUAUAGUGGAUGAAUCACACUACAUGAAGUCUAGAAAUGCAGCCCGCAGCAAGAUUUUAUUGCCAAUAGUGCAGAAAGCCAAACGAGCCAUUUUACUUACAGGAACUCCAGCUUUGGGAAGACCUGAAGAGCUUUUCAUGCAGAUUGAAGCUCUUUUUCCACAAAAAUUUGGAACAUGGACUGACUAUGCCAAAAGAUAUUGCAAUGCACGUAUCAGAUAUUUUGGUAAAAGGCCUCAGUGGGAUUGUAGAGGGGCAUCAAAUCUUAAUGAACUUCAUCAGCUAUUAAGCGACAUAAUGAUUAGAAGAUUAAAGACUGAAGUUUUAACCCAGCUGCCCCCAAAAAUCAGACAGCGUAUUCCAUUUGAUCUUCCAUUAGCAGCAGCCAAGGAAUUAAACACCAGUUUUGAAGAAUGGGAAAAAUUAAGGAGAGCUCCAAGUUCAGGUUCCACUGAGACUGUCAUGGGAUUGAUUACUCGGAUGUUUAAACAAACUGCUAUUGCCAAGGCAGGUGCUGUAAAAGAUUAUAUUAAGAUGAUGCUUCAGAACGAUUCACUUAAAUUUCUGGUUUUUGCUCACCAUUUAAACAUGCUCCAAGCUUGCACAGAAGCAGUCAUAGAAAACAAGACUCGUUACAUUAGGAUAGAUGGAAGUGUUCCAUCUUCAGAAAGAAUAAAUCUCGUUAAUCAGUUUCAAAAGGACCCUGAUACUCGUGUGGCUAUCCUAAGCAUUCAGGCUGCUGGUCAGGGCUUGACAUUUACUGCUGCAACUCAUGUUGUAUUUGCUGAGUUGUAUUGGGACCCUGGACAUCUAAAACAAGCAGAAGACCGUGCUCAUCGAAUUGGACAGUGCAAUUCUGUGAAUAUUCACUACCUUAUUGCAAAUGGGACUCUAGACACUCUUAUGUGGGGAAUGUUGAAUCGCAAGACUCAGAUUACAGGGAGCACAUUGAAUGGUAGGAAGGAAAAACUUCAGGCUGAGGAAGGUGAUAAGGAAAAAUGGGACUUCCUGCAGUUUGCAGAAGCCUGGACUCCAACUGGAAGUUCUGAAGAGCUCAGGAAUGAAAUUUUGUUUACUCAUUUUGAAAAAGAAAAGCAGCAUGACAUUCGAUCAUUCUUUUUACCAAAAUCUAAAAAAAGACAGUUGGUGACCUCCUGUGAUGAAUCAAGUUUACUUCAGAAGAAAUAUACCAUAGUACCUAAAAUGGUACCUACAAAAAAUUUCAUUGAUUGUGAAGGCAAUUUAGAACCUGAAGCUAAAAGAUCGAAAUUGGUCACCACCGAUGACCCUUGCAGUCUUCCUGAGGAGAAGCCUUCCCAGCCCAAGCAAACCAAUGCCCCCCUCAUGCUUGGUGUCCAUGAGGCCAAGGCUCAGGCAACCACCACACCCCUUGCUGGAGAGGACUGGCAGUGUGAUUUCUGCACCUAUAUCAAUAACUCAGUGCUGCCUUAUUGUGAAAUGUGUGAGAUGCCUCAAGUCAGUUCCGAUAACCUCAACAAUACGUGGAAUAAAAACAAAAAGGAGAGAGAGAAUUUCCAGGAAGACUCUUCCAAGGAAUCUCAGACUAGUUCUGACUGUGAUAAACAACUCUUGGCACAGUCAGAAGCUGCACCGUUGGUUGAGACCAAGGAAGAAAUGCCAGAAAUAGAGAGGGAAAUUGGAUUCAUACCCCAGACAGGUGCUGAACAGUUGAAGAGUUCAGACCCUUUGCCUGUGUAUGAUACCUUAAUGUUUCGUGCAAGCAAGCAUACUGACCGGAUUCACCUCUAUACCAAGGAUGGGAACCACAUGAACUGUAAUUUCAUUCCUUUGGAUAUAAAAUUAGACCUUUGGGAAGAUUUACCAGCAAGUUUCCAGCUGAAACAGAAUCGCUCCCUGAUUUUGAGGUUUGUUCGUGAAUGGAGUAGUCUUACUGCCAUGAAGCAAAGAAUAAUCAGGAAAAGAAUGCAGCUGUUCUGCAGCCCAAUUCUUGCUUUGGAAGAGAUUACAAAACAGCAAGCUAAGCAACACUGUACCAAAAGAUAUAUAACCAAAGAAGAUGUUGCCAUGGCCUCAAUGGACAAGGUGAAGAAUGAUGGGGGUCAUGUCCGUCUGAUUACAAAAGAAUCCAGGUCACAGCACCUUUCUGCAAAAAAAUUUCUUGAAGAUGGAGCCUCUGUCCCAUUUUUAAAUCCCUGCACUGCCCAAGCUGAUCUCACUAAGAAUCCUUCUACAUCCAAAGGCUAUGUGCAAGCUGUGGAUAAUGAAGGAAAUCCACUUUGCCUCCGUUGUCAGCAACCCACAUGCCAAACUGAGCAAGAGUGUAAAGUGAGUGCUUGGGAUUCACGGUUUUGCUCUCUGCAGUGUCAGGAGGAAUUUUGGAUUCGAUCUAAUAACAGCUAUCUGCGAGCUAAAGUAUUUGAAAUUGAACAUGGUGUGUGUCAGCUAUGUCAUCUAAAUGCACAAGAACUCUUCUUACGUCUGAGAGAUGCCCCUAAAAGUCAAAGAAAGAAUCUGCUGGAUAUUACCUGGACUUCCAAGCUCCCAUUAGAACAGCUUAAUGAAAUGAUAAGAAACCCAGGGGAAGGGCACUUCUGGCAGGUGGACCACAUCAAGCCAGUGUCUGGGGGAGGAGGACAGUGCUCCCUGGACAACCUGCAGACUCUCUGUACCGUCUGUCACAAAGAGAGAACUACCAGACAAGCCAAGGAAAGAAGCCAGAUGAGAAGACAUUCUCUAGCAUCAAAACAUGGAUCAGACAUUACCAGGUUUUUAGUAAAGAAAUGAAGCAUAAAAGACCUGAAUGGAUUACAAAUAGUUUACAUAUGGGGGAAUUUAACCAAUUUUCCCCCCAUGUUUGCUAUUUUAAGAGUGAAAAUUUUCAGAACAAAAAUUAAGAAUUCAAUUUCCCUUUUCAUAUUAUGCUUAUAAUGUUCAGUACCUUUAAAAGCACUUUAUGAAAACUGAGCUAUAAUAGCAGACUCUCAAUUAGGUUUCAGUAAGGUUUUGUUAAGCUUUCAUUCCUUCCAAUAUACUGUAAUCAUGAUAUUAUGCAUAGAUUAUAUUUGAAAAUUAUAUUUUCAAUUACCUGAAAAGUGCUGCUGGAUUAGCAUUGGUCCUGGAGUGCUACGGGUAUAAAUGGAACACUACAAAACCAUAAGGGAAAUUUCAGAGGCAAAUCAUUAUUCAGGGAUUCUGGACUAAGUGUGGCCAGCCUUCUUAGUAUGCAAGAGAAGACUCCUCUUCAUUAAAAGCUUCCAAGUGGUUUGAGGUACACAUUGUCAGGUUUUUUUUGUUUUAUUUCUUAGCUGGUUGUCUUUAUUGGAAAGAUGUAUUUGAAAGUAAGCUCACUAAAUCUUGGCUUUUAUGGGAAAUUUGAAGGUUCUCAGUAAAAUAAUUGUUAAAUUAUUGAAUAGCUAUUAUUAAAAACCU